ACGCGACUGCGGUCGUGGGGAUGCCGGGCCGCAAGAGGCUCUGGGCCCAACUGCUGGGAAGGGUCAAGAGGCAAAAGUAUGAUCCUGAAAGGGAAGAGAAAUUAAAGGAUUCAGCUGUGAACCUUCUGAGACGCCACCAAAAUUUGAAUGACCUUUUGCUAGAGGUGGAAGAUCCACUGUGUGAAAAAUCGUGUCUUGGCAAAUUGGCUGAUUGUGACAAUGCUGAGGUCUACCCAAAUUGCUCUAGUUCCUUUAUAGGCUCUGCUUUGCAAGAUCAAGCCUCAAGACUGGGAAUUCCUGUGGGGAUUCUGUCAGCCAGGCUAUUUGCCUGCAAUGUGGAGCAAGUCUGCAAGAGUUCCAGCCAUUCGAUAUUGCUCAGCUCAGAGCAAAGAAAAAAGCUCUCUUUCUUGUUAAAGAUUGCUCAGAAGUUAUUGGCACAUAAUAUGUUCUCUCGUCUCUCCUUCUGCCAAGAAUUAUGGAAAAUACAGAACUCUUUGUUGCUAGAGGCUGUGUGGCAUCUUCAUAUGCAGAGUGUUGUGAGCCUGCAAGAGCUGCUGGAAAGUCACCCCAGUGUGCAGGCCAUGGCUGAGUGGCUCUUCAGGAACCUGUGUCUUUUGUGUGAACAGACAGAAGCCUCCUGCAGGUCUACAGAUCUGGCCAGAGCCAUUCUUUAUGAUUUUGUGCAACUGUUUGUUUUGAAAGGAUUUCAGGAAAACUCAGACUCAAGAGCUGUGGUACCUGAAAAGAUGCCCCAGGCUGCUGCUGCCAUACUUCAGAGAAUGCUGACUUUUGCGCUGGAUGCCCUUGCUGCUGACCUGCAGGAGGAGACCUCAGCCUACAGGGUGGUAAAGGGCUGGUUUGACAUGUUCAGUGGACUUGCAUGUUGUGGCAUGAUUUCAACAGAUUCUCUGAAGAGGUUCUUCAGUCACACUUUAACCCAGAUUCUCACACAUAACCCUGUGCUGAAAGUGUCUGAUGCCAUUCAGAGGCAGAGGGAGUGGAGCUUUGCAAAGACUCACACUCUGCUCACGACUUUGUUCCGCAGGCUCUUUGUGAUACUCAGUCCAGAGGAGUCGCUUCGCUGUUUGCAGGAAGUCCUGGAGACUCAGGAGGUUCACUGGCAGCGUGUGCUCUCCUGUACGUCCACGCUGGUCAUCUGCUUUCCUGAGGCACAGCAGCUCGUUAAAGAUUGGGUGGCCCGUUUGAUGGCCUCUGCCUUUGAGAGCUACCACCUGGACAGUCUGGUCACCGCAUUCCUGGUUGUGCGCCAGGCUGCCCUGGAGGGCCCCUCUGUGUUCCCACCCUAUGCAGACUGGUUCAAGGCCUGCUUUGGCAGUGCACGUGGCUACCAUCAUUGCAGCAAGAAGGCACUAGUCUUCCUCUUCAAGUUCCUGUCCAAUCUUGUGCCUUGGGAGGCUCCUCGCUACCUACAGGUGCACAUUCUCUACCCUCCACUGGUCCCAAGCAAAUACCGCUCCCUCCUCACGGACUAUAUCUCCCUGGCCAAGACCCGGCUAGCUGACCUCAAGGUUUCCCUGGAGAACAUGGGGCUCUAUGAGGAUCUGUCCUUAGCCGGGGAUGUUGCUGAGCCUCAUAGCCAAGCAGCACAGGAUGUAGAGAGGGCCAUUGUGGUGUUUGCGCACACAGGGAAGAUUCCAGUGCCUGUUAUGGAAGCCAGCAUAUUCAGACGAUCUUACUACAUAUCUCACUUCCUCCCUACCCUGCUCACACCACGAGUGCUUCCAUUGGUCCCUGACUCCCGAGAAGGUUUUAUAGAGUCUCUGAAGAGAGCAGAUAAAAUCCCUCCAUCUCAGUAUGCUGCUUAUCGCCAAGCCUGCACUACUGCCAAGGAGCAGCAACUGGAGAGUGCAGUUCCAGAAACAAGGGCAGAGCCUAGUUGUGCUCGAGACCCCCUGGGACCACUCAGGGCUGCACUGGAAGAGCUCAGAGCCUCAGUGACAGACCCCACCCAGUUUGAUGUUAUAUCUGCUCAGAUGGCUGUGAUUUCUGAACGACUGAGUGCUACUUUGGGUCACAGUAAAGAUGACAACAGCCUUGAAAUAUUGAAGAUUCAGCUCAGCAUCCCUGCUCCAAAACUUGAGAAGCAAGAUCAGAUGGUUGUAGAUCUCCUGCUCACAGCUUUCUGUCAGAACCUAAUGGCAGCCUCCAGCUUUGCCCUUCCAGAGAGGCAGGGUACCUGGGCUGCCCUCUUCGUGAGGACCCUGUGUGGACCCAGGCUGUUGCCUGUAGUACUCAUUCGUCUUGUCCAGCUGCUUGCUCACCAGUGCCCGAUGCUGAGUGGCCAACACGUGCUGGGGUUGGCUGCCUUGAUUGUCCACCUGGGUGAGGCCAAGCUCACACUGCCAAAGGUAGAUCCAGGUCCUCCUGCUCCCCGCAGUGGCCUCCCCAUCCCCGAGUUCCUGGACAGCCUUCUGACCUGCCGCACCAGAGAGUCCUCACUCUUCUGUCUCAGAUUCUGCACAGCAGCAAUUUCGUAUUCUUUGUGCAAGUUCUCUUCUCAGCCCCGUGAUGCCUUGUACAGCUGUUUAUCUCCUGGCCUGAUCAAAAAAUUUCAGUUCAUUGUCUUCAGAUUGUUCCCAGAGGCCCGCACUCCUCAUCCUUCGCAAGACACAGCUGGCCUUCCUUGGAAACCUCUAUUCCUUCCUUCUGCAGACUGGCAGAGUGCUGCGCUCUCUCUGUGGAAGUGGAGCAGCUUCCAAGAGCUGCUGAAGGAGAAGGAGUUUCAUUUAACUUACAGGGAUUGGCUGCAACUGGAACUGGACAUUGAGCCUGGAGCUGAUGUUCUUUCAGAUGUGGAGAGACAGGACUUCCAUCAGUGGGCAAUCCAUGAGCACUAUUUGCUGGCACCGCUGGCUUCAGGGGGCUGCAGCGGAGACCUGGAAGUGGCCUGCACAGUUCUUGUCAAUGAGCUGAUGGACUUCUACCAAGGGUCCAGAAGUUAUGGCCACAUAGAGGAUGCUCAUUUAGUCCUUGGCAGCCGCAAGGGAAAUGUGGAUAUUCUCUCCAGGCUGCAGGAGAUGAUUGUGGACCUAGAACUGGAAUGGGGCUGCUCCCAGAGACACGUCCUCUUCGCUGUGUUCUGCAGGAGGCUCCAGGCCCUGGAGCGUGGAGGCAGUGUAGCCUCCAGCCUCAGGAGGCAGCAGGAGCUCCUCAUGUGCAAACGGCUUCUCCUCCACCUGCCUCCAACUGUUCUUGUUGGCAGCCUGAAGACCGGACAGCCUAUCACCCCCAGCUGUGAGGAGUUCUUUCACCUGGUCAAUUCUGAGUUGAAAAACUGCUGUUGCCGUGGUGGUACACUGACUGAGGACAUCACCAUCCACUUCUUCAGGGGACUCCUCAGUGCCUGUUUACAUAGCCCAGACCCCUCACUGACGGCCAAUCUCACUCUGAUGGAGUGCCAGACCAAGUGCCCCCUGAUUCUGACCUCUGCACUGUCAUGGUGGACAAGCCUCGAGCCGGUGUUGUGCAGUCGCUGGAGGAAAUGCGUCCAGGAUGAGCUUCCACGAGAAUUUCGCAGGCUAAAGGCAGCCCGGGACUUUGCCAGCAAUUUCUUCUCUGACUCAGCUUCCCCUGCACCCCACCUGCCCUGGGUCUCAGCUGCUUCUCUGCACUUCGCAGUUAAAGAAGUUGAAAAGGAAAACAUCAGGAGACAACUAAAGAGGCUGGACUGUGAAACAGAGGAGCUGUUGGUCUGCCUCCUUUUCUUCUCCCUGACUGGCUUGCUGUCAUCGCAUCUGACCCCAGACGAUGCGAGGGACUACACGAAGGCUGUGGACAUCUCUGCUGAGGUCCUUGCAUGUUUGGAGAGGAGGAAGGUGUCCUGGCUUGUACUCUUCCAGUUGACAGAGACAGAUGGUGGCCUGGGGCACCUCCUCCUCCGCCUGGCCCCAGAUCAGCAUAUCAGGCUGCUGCCAUUUGCCUUCUACAGUCUUUUGUCCCACUUCAAUGAAGACACUGUUGUCAGGGAAGAGGCCUUCCUGUAUGUUGCGGCAGACAUGUACUUCAAGCUGGUUCAGCUCUUUGUGGACGGGGAGAUGAGGGCUGCCUCAUCCUGUGCUAGCAGGAGCCCACGGCCCCAGGGCCAGCCCCCUCUCCAGGGUAGCCCUGUUCAACUGGUAAUGGAAGCCCGCCUUUUCCUACUGCAGUUAAUACCCCGAUGCCCAAGACAGAGUUUUUCAAACAUGGCAGAGCUGGUGGCGGGUCACGGAGUCUCUGACCCCGAGGUGAGCGCUGCCCUCCUGGGCAGACAGAAGGCUGACCCCCACCUCCACCCGGACCCCGAUCUCUUCUGAAUGUGCUCGAUCCAGGUCCUUUG